AAGGGUAGUGCAGUGGGGAGGUGGACGCGUACAGAGGAAGGAGAGCGGCGACGAUACGGCUCGCAGUCUCGUUUGGCGCGCGUUCGUUGUCGGUAGUGGCUGGCCUGAGUGCGGGUGUAAGAAGUGAAACAGUGGUUUGGAGAGAGGAAAGAGGAGAGGAAAAAAGAGAAGUGUGGGAAAAGAGAACGCCUUGCGAAAAGCAACUUUUGCAACGGUGCCAAUAGCAAACGGAAGAGAGGAAAAGGAAGAUCUCAGCGUGCAAGAUGCCGACUGCGUGAGAGGACGAAAAGGACAUCGUCCUAAUCACCGUACGGACAACGUGACGGAAAAUGCGGCCGCAACACGUCGUGGCAGUUCUGGCCACUCUGUUGGCGGUCGCGCAAGGUGCACCGCAGGAUCACAGGUACAAGAAUUACGAGGAGCAUCAUCGCGAGGCUUACUUCAACGGGUCCGCCUUUCUCAAGCUAAGUUCCUUCGUGUCCGUCCAUCGGCACAGCGGUCUUAGCUUCCGUACAUGCGAUCCUGGCAAGUUGUUCCAGCAAAGGUACAAGGACAACGAUUCGAUCAGUCUGGAAGUGACGACCGACGGUCUCCUCUUCUCGGCUGUAGUCGAUCAACAGAGAUACAGGGCCAAACUGAGCGCCAGGUUGUUGAACAACGUCUGGCACAAUGUUAACCUGUUCUUCAGGCUAGGCAAUCUCACGCUAAAUGCCGCAGGACACACGCAGGUAGUUGCAAAUGCGACUUAUAACUACGCCAUCCUGACACUUCCCGACUACGACGUGAAUAGUUCGCUCAUAGUUGGCGACAGAUUCAAGGGAUGCAUCUUGCAAGGACCUAGCAUUCUCUUCAACGAUAGCAUCAACAGCGGCGCCGUUUUCGGACCCUGCUCAUCAGACACCAAAGGAUGUGGCGCAAACGGCCUUGCGGGUGGCACGGGGUCAGCCGCUACGGUCUCCACCGCGGACUUUUGCCAUCACGAACCAUGCAUGAUGCAUGGUAAAUGUGUUUCGCGGCAGGACCGCUACGAGUGUCACUGUUCCGCCCGGUACUCCGGCAACAACUGCCAGAUCGACAAUGGCCCACCUUGUCAGAAUGCACCCUGCCGCAACGGCGGUACCUGCAGCGAAGAUCCCCGUGGUGACUUCAGCUGCGCCUGCAAGCCAGCUUUCACGGGCAGCCGCUGCGAGUCCCAGCUGGGAGUGGGAGGAUUGUGCGAGCAAAGUCCAUGCAAGAACGACGGCGUUUGUCUGGCGCUCACCGAGAGUGAGUACCGAUGUGAAUGUCAACCCGGCUGGACUGGCAAGAAUUGUGAGGCCAACAUCAACGAGUGUGCCCCGAAUCCGUGUAGGAAUGGCGGCAUCUGCAUCGACGGGAUCAAUAAUUAUACCUGCGUAUGCGACAGAACGGGCUACGAAGGUUCCAAUUGCGACGUGGACGUUGACGAGUGUUUGGCGAACCCGUGUCUAAACAACGGCGUGUGCUACGAUUACUACGGCACUUACAUCUGCCACUGCCCGGCGGGUUUCGAGGGACAAAACUGCGAGCUAAACCUGAACGAGUGCCUAUCCGGGCCGUGCAACAACGAUGGCGAGUGUAUCGACGACGUUGGCACCUACCACUGUAAAUGUCCGGCUGGAUUCACCGGCCGCCAUUGUGAAUUGCGUGGCCUUUGCGAGAACGCUGCUUGUCCGGCCAACAGCAUUUGCGUCGAGGACUCCCAUGGAGCGCAGUGUGUCUGCAAUCCCGGAUUUAUGGGCAAUCCGCCCAAUUGCACGGUCAAUUAUUGCGCGAGCAAUCCAUGCGCCAACGGUGGUACCUGUGCCAGCGGCAGAGACGGCUUCAACUGUACCUGCCCUCCAGAAUGGAGAGGUAUGAAUUGCCAGAUCAACGUGGAUGAAUGUCUGUCUCAACCGUGCCAAAACGGCGGUACCUGCGUCGAUCGUGUCAACGGUUACACCUGCAACUGCACCAGAGACUUCAUGGGCGAUAACUGCGAACGGGAGUACGACCCGUGUGCUGUGAAUCCUUGCCAGAACAAUGGCAGUUGCACAUUGAUGCCGAGAUCGAGAAGAGAAUUUGUUUGCGAGUGUCCACGCGGAUUCGAGGGCAAGGUAUGCGACGUGAACAUUGACGACUGCAUAGGCGUAGCGUGUCCCGACGGCAAAGUCUGCGUGGACGACGUCGCCGGUUACGAGUGCAAGUGCCGGGAGGGUUACAGAGAUCCCAACUGCACCCUGAUUGUGGACCACUGCGCCGCGAAACCAUGCAACAACGGCACAUGCAUCGAUCUCGGUGAGCGCGGCUUCGAAUGCAAGUGCAGGCCCGGCUACCAAGGUCAGUAUUGCGACCUCGACGUGAACGAAUGCGAGCCGCACAGCAACUCGCCGUGCAACAAUGGUAUCUGUGUCAACACCGAAGGCAGCUACGAAUGCUUCUGCCGGCCCGGCUUCUCCGGGAAUCAUUGCGACAUUAACAUCGACGAGUGUCUAUGCGGCCCGUGCAAAAACAACGCCACGUGCAUCGACCGUAUCAACACGUUCGAGUGCGACUGUCCGGCUGGCUAUACCGGCAAGACCUGCGAGAUCGAUGUGAACGAGUGCGAGAGCGAUCCUUGCGUAAACGGCGCGAGAUGCGUAAACGGCGUGGCCGCGUACACGUGCAUGUGUCCACCCGGUUUCCGCGGUGCCAAUUGCGAGAUCAACAUCGACGACUGCGAGUCCACACCGUGCAUGAACAUGGGGAAGUGCAUCGACGGUGUUAACGACUUCACCUGUGACUGCAACGGCACCGGCUUCGAGGGCCUGCGCUGCGAGAAAAACAUCGACGACUGUCUGUCGCAUCCCUGCCUGAACGGCGGACUCUGCGUGGAUGAUAUCAAGAACUACAAGUGCCAGUGCUACCCCGGUUACACUGGCAAAAACUGUGAGACGGAUGUGAACGAAUGCGAGAGCACGCCCUGUCAAUACAACGGCACCUGCCUCGAAAGGUCCAACAGAGACCUUUACGAUAGUGUCUCUGCGACCUUGCCCGCAAUUUUCACUCAGAAAUUUAGUUAUGUCAACGCGAGCGGGUACGUGUGUUUGUGCGUGCAAGGUGUUACCGGCAAGAAUUGUGAGGUAAACAUCAAUGAGUGCGACAGCAACCCCUGUCAAGCGGGCACUUGCAUGGACCGUAUCGGAGGCUACACUUGUGAAUGCGACGAGGGCUAUGAGGGCGAUCACUGCCAGCACGAGAUCGACGAAUGCAAGAGAUACAACCCCUGCGAACAUGGGAUUUGUACCGACGGCAGAGCUGAUUAUUUUUGCAUGUGUGAGCCCGAAUACGGUGGCAAGAAUUGUUCGGUAGAACUCACCGGAUGUCAAGGCAACGCUUGUCAGAACGGAGGUACUUGCUGGCCCUACUUGGUCGACGAGACUAUUCACAAGUUCAAUUGCACCUGUCCCAACGGCUAUCACGGCGAAGUCUGCGAUUAUGUGACCACGAUGUCUCUGAGCGGCAGCUCGUACGUCUUGGUGAAUACCACGCGCGAUGAAGGCUACGACAUCCAAUUCCGCUUCAGGACCACCUUGCCGAACGGCCUGUUAGCUAUCGGCAAGGGUUUGACCUUUUACAUCCUCGAGCUGGUGAACGGCAAGCUCAACCUGCAUUCCAGCUUGCUCAACAAAUGGGAGGGGGUUUUCAUCGGUAGCGGUCUCAAUGAUUCCACUUGGCAGAAGGUUUUUGUGGCCAUCAAUGCGACUCAUCUCGUUCUUUCCGCUAACGAAGAGCAAACCAUCUAUCCCAUCAGUCUCAACGAGGGCUCAAACUCGAAUCACACAUCCUUUCCCAUGACCUAUGUGGGCGGUACCACCAGCUACCUCAGGAGAUUGACUCACGGACCGUCGUUCUUCGUUGGCUGCACCGAGGAUGUCGUCAUCAACGGCGAAUGGGUUUAUUCCGGCACCACAUCAAAGACCGUGUACAUGGAAGACGUGGAUCCGGGUUGUCCUCGCGAGGCUCAAUGUUCGCCAAACCCCUGCAAGAAUGGCGGUCACUGUACCGAUCGUUGGCGCGAUUUCUCCUGCAAAUGCGAGCGUCCUUAUCUUGGCCACACCUGUCAAUACAACAUGACGGCCGCUACCUUCGGCUAUGAGAAUAUCACAAACGGCUACGUGACUGUCAAGGUGUCCGACGCGGCAAGGCGUGCCGUCAGAUCGAUCGUCGAUAUAUCCAUGUUUGUUCGCACCAGGCAGCAUCGCGGUGACAUAUUUUAUCUGGGUACGGAGCCGAGUUCUCAGAGCGAUCAAAAGGAGAAGAGCUACAUAGUGGCGCAGCUGGAGAACGGAGAACUGCUCUUGAGAAUCCAGUUUAACGGCACGGAGGCCUACACUGUCGGCGGGGCGAAGUUCCACGAUGGAAACAAUCAUUUAAUCCAGAUAGUGAGAAACGUCACCCUCAUUCAGGUAAAGAUCAACGGCACCGAGUACUUCCGCAAGACACUCAGCGCCACGGGACAGCUCAACGUGACCGUUCUCUACCUCGGGGGACUGCCGCAGGCGUCGAGGUACAUACGUCAGGUCGACAGCAGGCAGUUGGAUGUUCAGCAGACGCCGCAGGUUAACUUCAAGGGCGUUAUCCAGGACGUACAGAUAUCGAACGGCGUCGAGACUAUGGUCGUGGAGUUUUUCCCCUUGAAGGCACAGGACAUUCCCACGCUGAUUCAGUUCGGCAACGUGUCGUUCGAUCAUGACAAGGUCCUCGAAGGCGUGAUAUCGGACAAUGUGUGCGUGAGCAACCCGUGCAACCACAAUGGCACUUGUCACGUUACGUGGAACGACUUUUGGUGCCAGUGCCCGCGCGGCUACACCGGCAAGACUUGCCAGGAGAUGGAGUUUUGCCAGCUGCAGGACUGCCCGGCGGGCUCGCGUUGCCAGAAUCUCGACGACGGUUACGAGUGUAUCGCUAACGCGACUUUCGACGGCAUCUCCACCGCGUUCACGUACGCGUAUACGUACGAUCGUGCCGACGACGGUAACUCCAGCAACUCGAUGUCUCUAGACACCAUCGAGAUCGCCUAUCGAUCCAACACAGGCGGCACUUUGCUCCACAUGACGUCGCACGUGGGUGAACAGUAUUUCACUGUGUCCGUUUUUAAAGACACCGUUACCGUGUCGUGGCUAUUGGAUCCGGAGAAUCAAGGCGUGCUGUCCUUCGGUAAGACGCCCGACGGGAACUGGACCUCACUGCUGAUCAGACUAAACAACAAUUCCGUGGAGUGCGGCUACGCCAGUAGUCCCGCCGAAGAACACACACCUUGCGUGAGCUCCAGCUUCAACUACCAUCUGUGGCACGAUCUCUUGGUGACGGGAACGGUCACCCUCGGCGGACUGUCCAGCAGCUCAUUGUCCGAUAGGCACAGUUACGUCACUGUCGGAUCCAGACAGGAGAGGAGGAAUGGGAUCGAGGGGAAUAGCGUCGAUUACAGCAACGAGCAUAGGCUGACGACCGCGCCACCGUCGCACAGUAUGAUGUCAGGAGAACCGUUCAAGGGUUGCUUAGGCGAGGUGCGAAUUGGCAGCAUGCUGUUGCAUUACUUCACGUACGAGGAAGUCUAUCAGAACGCAAACUUUACGCCGCUGCAGUUUUUGGCGUUGCAGGAUAACGACAAUGGCACUCAUCGCGACAGCAUCGGCUGUCAGCUAUGUUUCGACACGGAUUGCAAGAACGAGGGCUACUGUCUCGACAGGGAAAACAGUUACGUGUGCGAGUGCCCGGCCGGCUAUUCCCAGGAUGAUUGCUCCUUCAACAUUAACGAGUGCGUGGACAACAAGUGCCAGAACGGCGCGACCUGCAUAGACGGCAUUGCCAAUUACACCUGCGUGUGCAACAGCGGCUGGCAGGGAUGGUUAUGCGACAGCGACAUCAACGAAUGCGUGACGCUCAGCCCGUGCCAACACGACGGCGUGUGCGUAAAUCUACCGGGACUGUUCAAGUGCGAGUGUCCGGACCAAUUCACCGGGGAUUUCUGCGAGAGCUUCCGGCUCAUCACUUGCGAGAACGAACCAUGUAAGAAUGAUGCUACUUGCGCGGACGUGGCGGAUCCGAGAACAGGCAACAAUUACACCUGUACUUGCGUGCCUGGCUACGAGGGUUCGGUCUGCGACACGCCCUACUGCAUCGGUGGAAAGUGCCAAAACGGUGGUAGAUGCGACUUUCUGUAUCAGGCGCCAAAGUGUACCUGCGCUCUCGGUUAUGCCGGUCUGUAUUGCGAGAUAAACGUCGAUGAUUGUGCAUCGGAUUCCGAGGGUAACGUACCCUGCAAGAAUGAUGGCAAGUGCUACGACGGAGUAAACAGCUUUACAUGCGACUGCCAGGGCACCGGAUACACCGGUCCGGAUUGUUCCGUCGACAUAAACGAGUGUCUGGGUCCGACGGCCGAUUGUAGAUACGGCAAAUGCGAGAAUUUACCCGGUACUUAUCAGUGCAUCUGCGACCCGGGCUACUGCGGUUACAAUUGUGGGAUGGCGGACCCAUGUAAUCAGGAAUAUUGCCAAAACGGCGGCACGUGCAAGUGCGCCGACGACGGCGGGUACACGUGUCAAUGCACUCUCGAGUACACGGGACAAAAUUGUACGGAGUCGGGAAAUUUCUUGGGCAGUCAAGCCCUUGACAUCGCGGUGAUUGUGGGGCCAAUAGUAGGUUGCCUCUUCAUCAUCGCACUUGUAUCUCUCGUAGCACUUUUCAUGAUGGCCAGAAAGAAGCGCGCGACACGUGGCACUUAUAGCCCGAGCGCUCAGGAGUUCAGUAAUCCGCGAGUGGAGAUGGAUAACGUGAUGAAGCCUCCGCCGGAGGAGAGAUUGAUCUAAUCGACCAGUGGCCGAGGCAGGCAAUUAGGUAAUGCGCGCAAGCCUCGCUUUAUGGAAGCUGAUAGACAAACAACAUUGCGAAACGAGUGUCUCGACGACGAACGCAAUUUACUCGCGCGAAUCAUUGCGUUUUAUGAUUAAAUUAAUUCAGAUACAAUUAUGUAUAGUUUUGUAACGUAUAGUUUUCCGUUCUUUUGCCAAAAUUACGUUCAGAAUGACAGAAUAUGCCCGAGAAUAUGCCCAUAUCGAUGAUCAUCGUCACCUGAAUCGAACGACCGAAUCAGAACUAUGUACAGUAUAUUUACCAUCGUGCGACCAUGGAGCGCAGCUUCCGUACAUUGGGCUUCGCGUCCUAGUAUCUUUCGCGAGUACGCCAAUAGUGAUUGCAAAUUUUUUUCGACUGAAGAACACCACGCAUCACUCGUACGUACGACAAUGAUUGCUCAACGAACGGCCAUGUUGACGAUACGAAUCGAUCGCUCGUAGCGUCUUCUAAUUGUUGCUGUUUCAUCGUUACAAACGAUAGACGAAUUAAAAGGAAUUGAGAUCAAAUGUGAAUUUUUUCUACAAAAUUAAAUUCCUUCUUUGGGCUCUUUUGGGAUCGAUUCCAAAAUUUGUUUCGGAUCCUCUUUUAAUCCGUCUGUGGCUUGCACAUGAAAUAACGCGAAUACGCGAAGAGAGAAGUGUUUCAGUAUUAACGACAAACUUAACAGUUAACAUGUGUUCGCAACGAUACGCAACGAACACUUCUCGAUGAUGCGUCUGUCGAAGAAUGACAAUUAUCGAGCGAAACUUGCAGGUUCGGCGUUACGGCGUUGAAACGAGAUAAAGCCAACGUGUGUAUCACUUCAAGCUCUUUUAGAGUGAUUUUAUAAUACACAUAUAUGUACUUCCCUGCGGCCGAGGAAUGUAUAUAGAGUGUCACAGGAAAAGCGUUACGUUGCGUGUACCAACGUAUAUGUCAAUCGAUCAAUUUAUGUUCUUGACUUGUGUAAUCGUAUGUCCAAGGGACCAACAACGAGAUUCGAGAACUCGUAAAUUCGAAAAACAAAGAGCCGUUGGACUCGAUAAUAUUCCACGACCAAGUAAUAUGAAAUCUAAAGAUAUCGGGUUCGAAAGAUUUUUGUGUUGCAAAUCUUUGAAAAAAUUUAGUGAUAAUCGUGCGAGAGUUUCUCGGCAAUAAUAAGGAGCAAGAGGCAACACACACACACACACA